GUUAGCCAGUAAUGUAGAGUGACAGGAGGAGAAACAGACGAGGGUGAGAGAAGAGCGGCGGGAAUUACAGCACAACAAAGGCACUGCGGCGAAACAAACCCAUGAGCAGGGGAGGAGAGGGAGAGAGUGAGCAGAGGAGGAGGAUCUGAGAGGCGGGGUAUCUGAAAAAGAAGAAGCGGAGGAGAGAAGAGUAGCGUGGAGGGAAGAAGGUGACGUUAUCGUGAAGGAGUUGAAGAAAGUACUGUACCCUUCCUCCCCCUCUGCUUACUGUAGUGGGUGAAGGGAGCGCCGCUCCCUGCCCUUUCCGCUUCCCCGAAAUGCUAAGGCUUUCCCUGAGGAUGUUCGGGCUGGUGUGGGUGACAGUGUACUGGUGGGUGCGGCCGAUGGUGAAGUGGCUGCUGCGGCGCACCACGGGGCUGUGUGAGCUGCAGCGCGUGUGUUAUGGCGAGCAGAGAGGAGCACAACGCACACAGGGAGUAGAGUUCUCCCUGGAGCACAGUCGCACCCCAGAGAUCCAGAAGUGCAUGAAAUACAUCGACGGCAAGUGUCAGGAGCGCACGCUGAACCAGGAGUUGAUCUACUAUGUGGUGUUUGCCAUCGUCAAGAUUAAGAAGAUCAACACACAGGCACAUAAAGGGUUCUCCGACGUGCUGGGGCAGUGCCUGACGCAGAUCUGGGGGUUCCGGCAGCUAUCAGCAGAGGUGGAGGCCAAGAGGAGGGAGAUGUAUGAUCCAGCCAACCCGCAGCACGAGGAAAAGCUCAAGGCAUUGUGGGAACUCAUGAUGCCAGACACACAGCUUGAGGCUCGAGUUACCAAGCAGUGGCAAAUGAUUGGCUUUCAAGGAGACGACCCACAGACUGACUUCAGAGGAAUGGGUGUGCUGGGCCUAGAGAACCUGCUGUUCUUCGCGGAGCACCACACCAGCGCGGCACGACACGUCCUGGCCAGGUCGCUGCAUCCUACCUGGGGGUAUUCCUUUGCCAUCGUGGGCAUCAACAUCACCCACCUUGCCUACAGCCUCCUACAGUCGGGCGCCGCCAAGACUCACUUCUACAACGCCUCCAAGCGGUUCCUGGAGCUGCGAGCAUUCCACCAAUUCUACUGCCACCUCUUCUUUUCCUUCGACGAGAUGUGGCGCCAGGAGAAGCCAAAGGACAUCAUGGAGUUCUCUCGCAUCAGGGACAAGUUUGAGGCGCAGGUUAAGCUGAAACUGAAGAACCCCUUGGCGUUUUUCAAGUGCAAUUUUGUGUUGGAGAAUGUAUAGUGUGUGUGUGUGUGUGUGUGUGUGUGUGUGUGUGUGUGUGUGUGUGUGUGUGUGUGUGUGUGUGUGUGUGUGUGUGUGUGUUUUUCUGUUUGUGUGUGUGAGUGGGGAGAUUUUGCAGAAAUGUUAGGGAGGAAGGAAGGUAGGAAGGAAGGGAGAGAUAUUGCAGUUCAGUUCUUAUUUAGUGUUUUCAAGUCAGUCUCAUCUCAAAUUGGUCAUCAGGCAUCUCUAUCUAUCUCUAUACCAGGCUGGCAAUCCCACAUGGGGCAGCCCAGACAAGGCACUACACAUGCACACACUCACACACACAUCAUUCUCAGGUAUCUCUUUGUCUGUUUGUCUCUCUACCAGGCCAGCAGUCCCACACAGGGCAGCCCAGACAAGGCACCACACACUCACACACUCACUCACACAUUAUUUUCAGGUACCUGUUUAUCUGUAUGUCUCUCUACCAGGCCAGCAAUCCCACACAGGGUGGCUCAGACAAGGCACAACACACACACACACACUCACACAUCAUUCUCAGGUAUCUCUUUGUCUGUUUGUCUCUCUACCAGGCCAGCUGUCCCACACGGGGCAGCCCAGACAAGGCACCACACACACACACAUCAUUCUCAGAUACCUGUUUAUUUGUUUGUCUCUCUACCAGGCCAGCAAUCCCACACAGGGUGGCGCAGACAAGGCACCACAUACUCACUAACACUUUUAGCCCCAUCAGCCCUCAGUGGAAAGGAACAGUCUUGUGACCUGCUGUACAAAAUUGUGUUGAUCUGUUUGCCUCUUCCUCUUAUUCUUUUCUCUUAUUCUCUCAUUAUGCUUUGUUUCAUUGUUGUUUUAAUCAUCUUUUUGUUUGUCCUGUUCUUGUAGUGGUGAUAUUCACAGUGAUGGGAUGAUGAUGAGGAUGGUGAAGAUGGUGAUAAUGUUAGUGAUGGGAAUGAUGAUAAUGAAGAUAGUGAUAGGACUAAUAUGAUGGUGAUAAUGACAACAGUGAUAAAGAUAAUAAAAAAAUUUAAAAAUUUACCAGUAGAGAGGAAAGAUGAUGGUGAUUGAGUGAGUGAGUGAUGGUGAUGGUGAUGGUGAUGGUGAUAGUGACAGUGGCAACAAGAAUGGUAAUGAUGCAUUGAAAGACAGAGAGGAAAGAGGACUAGGUGUGGAGUUUGAGAGAGUAAAUGAGUAAGAGUGAGUGAAUGAGAGAGAGCAGUGGCAAUUUGAGUGAGUGAGUGAGAGACAGCAGUGACAGUUUGAGUGAGUGAGUGUGUGCAGGUAGCAGUGACAGGAAGGAAGUGUGGUGACUCUUGCCAGUGGGAAAACUGAAGAAGACUUAUAGUGAGAAGGAUGAAGGUCAGGAAAGAGAUUGUCUGUCUAUUUAUCUAAGGACAGUAUUCUGAAACACUUCUGUGCUGCAUCUCCACCACUUUCAAAAGGCUGUCUUUGAAUUGACUUGGGUUUUUAAGGGUGUUUUUACAGUUCUGUUGACAGAUUGACAAGAUAUCUACAUUAUCAACAAGAGAAACACUCUUGAGAACCGUGCUGAUUGUCUCUAUAGCCUAUGAAAAUAGUCAUAGGGAAGUUACAUGGGUUUUUAAGGGUUUUUUUACAGUUUUAAUGACAGAUUAGGAAGAUUUUUACAUUAUCAACAGGACAAACACUCUUUAGAACCCAGCUGAUCAUCUCUGUGGCCCUUGAAAAGUCAUUGUGAGAGAGCAAAGUAUUUCAGAAUAUAGGCCUAUACACCAGGCCAGCAAUCCCACACAAGCUGCCCCAGACAAACCACUACACACACACACACACACACACACACACACACACACACACACACACACACACACACACACACACACACAGCAUUCACACUCAGCCCCAUCAAGUAGACAACAGAGAUUGCCUACCAUUAAAAAAAGAUCGGUUGAUAACCCGUCCAACCGCACAAGGGAAAAUUAGAAUAUAAAUGAAGGGAGGAGGAGGAAUAACAAAACACCAAUAAAUACCUUAGACUGAUGUUGUGAGGUUGUGAUGAAGUUGAUAAAAAGAAAGAAUAUCCAAUGUGAGAGAAGAGAAAUGUGUUAAAUGAUGUGGCUUUUAUUUAAAAUUGUAAUAAGCUUAGCACAUAUACCAGUCUGUCUCUCUCCCCCCCUCCCUCCCUCCCUCCCUGCCCUGAUUAAUGUGUGUGUGUGUGUGUGUGUGUGUGUGUGUGUGUGUGUGUGUGUGUGUGUACAGAAAUAGGGUUGUGAUAAGGUCUAGUAUUAUAAUGAAUAUGUUUCUUUGUGUGUAAUUUUUUAUCAUAACCUUGGCAUUAUUUUUUUCAAUUCUUAGGUUAAUGUGUGAUUUAUUUGUGGCAUUAUUUUUGUUGUUGUUGUUGUUAUUAUUAUUAUUAUUAUUAUUAUUAUUAUUAUUAUUAUUAUUAUUAUUAUUAUUAUUAUUAUUAUUAUUUUGUACUUUGGUAUUAAUGAAAUUACAUAAACAUUGUCUCAUUAACUCCUCUCCUCUCACUGACUGUCUUCAGCCUCUCUCUCUCUCUCUCUCUCUCUCUCUCUCUCUCUCUCUCUCUCUCUCUCUCUCUCUCUCUCUCUCUCUCUCUCUCUCUCUCUCUCUCUCUCUCUCUCUCUCUCUCUCUCUCUCUCUCUCUCUCUCUCUCUCUCUCUCUCUCUCUCUCUCUCUCUCUCUCUCUCUCUCUCUCUCUCUCUCUCUCUCUCUCUCUCUUCAUCAGUGGCAGCUCAUGGUAAAAAAAGAUUGGGGGGGGGCUGCAGAAUAAUUUCAAAUUCUAAUACUAAUGAGGCCGUGCUGUAGGCAGUUUUAUUUGAAUCAGAAAUGUUACAUUUCAUACCUCAUAGGCUCAUAAUUUAAAAUUAAUGUGUUGCCAAAGCUAUGAGGAACACUUAUCAAGUUAUUAAGUAGAAUAUGUUGUAUUGAAGCAACCAGGACACUGAAACUAAGCUUUGGUUGUCACGUAGGGUGCUAAAACUGGCUAGUACUCAUGAAUCACGGACAUGAUGCACUAUUUGUUUAACUAACACAGAGGGAGAAUGACACUCACCGCUCAGGGUGCCACGCAGGGCUGAACUGACUCCAGCCGUGCUACAGCCCGGCUGGCUGCUCUCGGGCAGGUUGGCGCUGCGCCAGUCCUGGAAGAAGUGUUUUACUUUGUAAUCAACUUAUCAAAUCUGCUAGUAUUUUGUGUUAGAAAAUUAUAGAAAAAAAUGAAAAAAAUACUGAAUGAAUAUAAAAGUUUAAUAUUAUUUAUUUGUAUAAAAUUAAUUAUAUGAAUGAAUCACUCAUCUGCCUGGCAAGGCUGAGACAGGGAGGUCUGCAGCCCACCAGCCCUUAUGGACCAGCCACCCCUGGUCUUCAGCCUCUCUCUCAUUGCUGCAAUGUUGCAUCUCUUGCUAUUUUCUACCA